AUGAGCACCAAGAAGCGUAAGACCUUGGACGAUGCGCAUGGGUCGGGAUUCUCCAGCUCGCCUGGGGAGGAUGCCGCUGCUUCAGAAAUAGAGGUGGCAUCCGAUGAAGAGCUGGAAGCAUUUUCACCUGUGGUGGUGGAGGAAGUCCUUCACGAGGAGAAGACCGAGUAUCAGACUCUGAUGAUCUUUCGUAGCAAGAGCUAUGGUCUUUGCCUCUCCUUAGAUGGGGUCCUUCAGUCAACCGAGCGAGAUGAAGCGAUCUACCACGAAUACCUGGUACACGUGCCCCUGCUUCUGUGCGACACGCCCAUCGUCCGUGUGUUGAUUUGUGGCGGUGGCAAUGGAGCAGCAGCACGAGAAGUGUUGAAGCAUGGGAGUGUGCAGGAAAUCGUCCUCAUUGACAUCGACCCGGCUGUUUGCAGGGCGGCCAGGCGUUUUCUCCUUCCACAGGCCUUUGCUUUGUCCGAUGCACGAGUGAAAACGAUUUUUGCCGAUGCAUCGGAUUUUCAGAACUGGCCACCUGGCUCCUUCGACGUCAUCGUGGUGGACAGCACUGACUUUGGCUCCACCGCCGGACGGAGCAACAGCCUGUGGUCGAAGCAGUUCUUUGAAGGUUGCUGGAAGCGUUUGGCUCCCACUGGGCACCUCUCCACACAACUCGGCGCCUGCCGUGCCAGCCCGGGUGGGUUGUGCUGGAGCGCCGCGGUCGACACCGUCGCAACGCUGCGCGCAGCAGGCUUGGCGCAUGUGGAGGUCUAUGCGGCUGAGAUUGCGUCCUACGGCGGGUUGGCACUCUUUGGUGUGGCUGGAGCACAAGGGAGUGUCUUGGCACCGGCCGGGGCGGUCGAAAACACGAGACAGUUGGAACAGAUCGACUGGAGUGGGAGAGCAAGCUUGAGGCAGCUGUCAGGAUGUAAAGAACUGGAUUUGGCCAAGGGCUUGUCAGCAUCCUUCCAGCUUCCGGCACCAUUGGCCAAAGCAUUGCAGGAUGCUCGAGUGAUGAAGAACGAGGUGAUGACGAGAGACUGCAGCUCCUUGGAUCCACCGAAGGAGACAAACCAAACCGCGGAGAUGGCGCGGGAGGGGCGACCUCCCCGCCCGACCAGCUUUGACUCUGCAAACUCCGUCGUCGACGGGGCUGACAACACUUUUGAACUUCUUUGA